CCCCGAGCUUAUUUAUGCCCAUGUUGUUUGUUAUAAUAUAGUUUUUAUUCUUUUUUAUUUUUGUUUUUUAAAAUUUUAUCAUUACAGAAUCCGGGUAAAAACCCGAAUCCGUAUCCGGGUUCUGGGCUUUGAUACCAUCAUGCGAUAUGGCCAAGGGUCGGAAAUUGACGACAAGCCGUAGCGAGAGAUUUCUUGGGAGCUGUGGUGGUGUGUACGGCAACGGACAAGGCUCAAACGGCUCGGACAGUUCGGAGUUCGGAGAAGAGGAUGUUUGGUCCAUGGUUGACAACAACAACAACAGCAGCAACAACUUCGGAGAUGACCAUAGUUCCAAUUCCCAACAGGGAGACUGGAGUCCACGCGCCAAGGGGGUCUUUCGUCGCCGGUUUCCACGGGAUGACCGCCACGUGGGCGGGCUGUCUUUGGCUUUCGACGGGAACGACGCGUCGUCGAUGAUGAUGGCGAAUAAUAAUACUGCCUCUACGACGAUGGCUCCGUCGUCGUCGUCCAGGGUCGUGCACCAAUACCGCGGAAACGACGGCGUUUCUUCUGCCACGCGUGGCGGUGGGAGGCACGUGGCCUCGUCAGCGCCGGUGAACGUGCCGGACUGGAGCAAGAUACUCCCGGUCGGCUCGGUUGAGUCGCUGCACGAGUUGGACGAGGAUGACGAGGAUGGUGACUCGGAGAUGGUCCCACCGCACGAGUACCUGGCGCGUGAGUACGCGCGCAGCCAGAAAAUGGCGGCCACCUCGGUUUUUGAAGGCGUGGGCCGGACCUUAAAGGGCCGGGACUUGAGGCGGGUGCGGGAUGCGGUUUGGAGCCAGACCGGGUUUGAUGGUUAAAAACAAUUUAAUUAACCGAACCGGUUUUAUUAUUAUCAAUUAUGAUUAUGGUUUAGUAGAUGGGAUUGUGUAAUUGUAUUAUUGAUUGAAUGAUGGGCAUAGAUGGAGGUUUUUUUUUUUUAGUUUUUAUUAUUGUUAGUUUUUGGGUUUUUUUUGGGGGUUAUUUGGGCAAUGAUUCGGUCGGGUCACGAGUGAGCCCAAACAUUGGUUCAGAAUUUUGUAAAAUUCUGAUUAAGGUCUCUUUCUGUAUUGGGUAUGAAGUUGGGGAAAUUGUGUUUCUAAUUUCCUUUGCAGAAGUGUCUUUGAUAAUUGUGGAUGUUUAGUGUAGUUUGUAACCAUAUGUUGAAAUGUGUAUGAUUAGAAAAAUGUUCAUCUUACACCAAAA